CCGGCUCCGCUCCGUCCGCUGCGCCGCUUUCUUCCCUCCGCGUUGCCCGGCCGGCCGCCAUGGCGAACGUGGCCGACACGAAGCUGUAUGACAUCCUGGGCGUCCCGCCCGGCGCCAGCGAGAACGAGCUGAAGAAGGCCUACAGAAAGUUAGCCAAGGAAUACCAUCCUGAUAAGAAUCCAAAUGCUGGUGACAAAUUCAAAGAAAUAAGUUUUGCAUAUGAAGUACUAUCAAAUCCUGAGAAGCGUGAGUUGUAUGACAGAUAUGGAGAACAAGGUCUUCGGGAAGGGAGCGGCGGAGGUGGUGGCAUGGAUGAUAUUUUCUCUCACAUUUUUGGUGGGGGAUUGUUUGGCUUCAUGGGCAAUCAGAGUAGAAGUCGAAAUGGCAGAAGAAGAGGAGAAGACAUGAUGCAUCCACUCAAAGUAUCUUUAGAAGAUCUGUAUAAUGGCAAGACAACCAAACUACAACUUAGCAAGAAUGUACUCUGUGGUGCGUGCAAUGGCCAAGGUGGAAAGUCUGGAGCUGUUCAGAAGUGUAGUGCCUGUCGGGGUCGAGGUGUACGCAUCAUGAUCAGACAGCUGGCUCCAGGAAUGGUACAGCAGAUGCAGUCUGUGUGUUCUGAUUGUAAUGGAGAAGGAGAGGUAAUUAAUGAAAAGGACCGCUGUAAAAAAUGUGAAGGGAAGAAGGUGAUUAAAGAAGUCAAGAUUCUUGAAGUCCACGUAGACAAAGGCAUGAAACACGGACAGAGAAUUACGUUCACUGGGGAAGCAGACCAGGCCCCAGGAGUCGAACCAGGAGACAUUGUUCUUUUGCUACAAGAGAAGGAACAUGAGGUGUUCCAGAGAGAUGGCAAUGAUUUGCACAUGACAUAUAAGAUAGGACUUGUUGAAGCUCUGUGUGGAUUUCAGUUCACAUUUAAGCACCUUGAUGGACGUCAGAUUGUGGUGAAAUACCCCCCUGGCAAAGUAAUUGAACCAGGAUGUGUCCGUGUAGUUCGAGGUGAAGGAAUGCCACAGUAUCGUAAUCCCUUUGAAAAGGGUGAUCUUUAUAUAAAGUUUGAUGUGCAGUUUCCUGAAAACAACUGGAUCAACCCAGACAAGCUUUCUGAACUAGAAGAUCUUCUGCCAUCUAGACCAGAAGUUCCAAACAUAAUUGGAGACACAGAGGAGGUGGAGCUUCAGGAAUUUGAUAGCACUCGGGGCUCAGGAGGUGGUCAGAGGCGUGAAGCCUAUAAUGAUAGCUCUGAUGAAGAGAGCAGCAGCCAUCAUGGACCAGGAGUGCAAUGUGCCCAUCAGUAAACUCUGCAAACAAAUUGCACAGGUGGAUUUUCUUUCCACGUUUGCCUGGUUUGUUUCCAGCCGUGCAGCUGGAGUGUCUGGUCAGUCCAGAUGAACUGAUGGACAUCUGUUGGUCUAUGUGUAACUUUUAAAAUUGGUAUAGUAUCUACAGAGUGUAUAAUUUAAACUAACCACAGAGCUUUACAUCUUCAUUUCGACUGUUCUGUAGCAGAAUAAAGCACUUGAAAGGAGACAAGACUCCCUUUCACACUUGGGUUAUAAGUUUUAGUCCUGGUAUCUGUGCUUGAUUUUUAUCAGUUUUGUGUAGAUUUUAUGUUUCAUAUUUUAAAUUCAGAUCCCAUAUUGUAAAGUUUGUGUACAAUUUGUCCUGAAGCUUUGUGUUUGGCUGCACCUGCAUAAGCUGCUACAAAUAGAAUAAAGAAUUUCAUAGCCUGUAUCUAUCAUUUAGAUGCAUGGAAAAAUGGGCUUUGCACACAAUGGGUUUGGAGCUGACUGGGAACAAUGGAAAAAAUAACAGCUGUGGUUGUAAAGUUUUUUAGUUUGUUUUUUUUUUUUUUUUUUCUGUUUUUCUGUUUUUGGUUUUUUUUUUUUUUUACCAUCUUGUGAAAGGUUUCUGAAACGCGAUAAUAAAAAGCAGUUGGUGUAAAUUA